CCUUGCAUCCCCUGCGUCUUAGGCAGGAUGAUAAGCCGGAAGGACUUCAGAGCCAAUUUUCUGGGGGACUUCAGAUCCAGAGCCACAUUGACCCGGAACCAGACAGUGACUCAUCUAUCUGUGACUGAGAGGCAAGCUCCACAGCAACGAUGGCAUGAUAUCACCAAGAUCCAUGACGGCAGAAAGAGGAGGUGCUGUUGGCGUUUGAGGCAGGGCCACUGGAAAAGCACUAAAAGCUACUGCUCUGACUGCAAUGUGGAGAGGGAUGAUCACACCCUUCAGCAAAAAACAUGCCUCAGUCUCACUGCCAUUAUACACACAUCAACUGGAGUAACCUCCAAUGUAAAGGGUUGGAGACUGCUGGAGAUGACUAUAGCUACCCUCUACAGAUGGUGACCAUCUCUCCAGCCUUAGUAGUAGCAGGUGUAAAACCACCCAGAAUGAUCAUGUUGCUGCUAGGUCUUCGAGGGGGCAAGCACUUCAGUUCCCGUGAUGGCUGGGGUAAGCAAUCAUUCUACCACAAGGACAAGAUGUUCCAAACUCCUGCCUGAGGUUGAGCUUCAGGUAAUCACUCCAAGUGGAUGCCACCUCUGCCACCCCCACUGAUGCUUGCUCACAGAUGUCUGUGGGGUUCCUGUAGGCUUUGCUCCACAGGCCUCACACUGGGUUGGUGGCUGCCAGGACACAGAAAAAAUGAGUAACCCCAUCCUGCGCCCUGGCAGUUGCCCUCCCAACACAGCUCGCCUCAUCUGCUGCAUAGGAGGGAUUGUACUUAAGGAAGGAGGGCUGGCAAGGCCUACCUUGGGCCAUGACUCUGUACCUUUAGGACCUCCUGCUGCUUCAAGAUCCUCCACAGUUUAGCUAAGGACUGCUAGGUACCCAGUUUCAUGGGUGGCCAAAAGAAGGCACUCUAGAAGUCUUAAUAUGACGAAAUCCUUUAAAAAAUGCAGUAAUUGACAAAACCUCAUC